ACUGACUGUAGCCGCGUACGUGGUGUUGUCAUGCCAUGAACGACCCCCUUCACGCGCACUUGUUUAUUGACAAGUCACUGCAUCUAAAGCUGUAGCUCGUAACUACUAACGAGUCAUUUUGUUGACUAGUUAGCGUAUGUUGUUGUUGUCAGGAAUGUGGGUAAGCUAAUUACACGUAACUGUCCAACAUCGAUUAAGUAGCUGGCAAAAAUAAAGUGACACUGUGGCCAGUUGAGUACCCCGCCUCACGAGCUCUCUGAGCUGGGGGGCUCGGUGCAAUAAGCGCAGUCGUGCUUGAAAUGCAGACUUAAAAGUGAUCGAUUGACUUUUAAUUACCUGAAAGUUUAGCGUAGCUGUAAGUAUUCUCAUUCCAUUCAUGUUGCCAUAGCCGGUGCACCGUGGAUCCUUUGAAUCGUUUAUCUCAUUGCAAUUGUAACCCCCAUAGUUUAGUUGUAGAUACUAAUCGCAUUUUCAUUUUUGGCGCGACACAAUCAAUAAUUGCAUACAGAUGUUGUGUAGUGGUCAGUAAUUACAACGUGGGUCGUCUCCCACUGCCUAUUACAUAUUUGGUUCUGUAUUUGGGAACGCCGUGUUGAUUUACUUUUCUGGGCGUCGAUGAAACUGAAACUGGCAAGAUCUCAAAAUGAAACGCUGGGCGUUUGCAAAUGGUGCCCGCGAAACCAGCGAUGUAUAAUGUUCAGGGAAAAUACCAGGAGCACUCACUGUCCUUACACACAUUUGUAAAAAUGUAAUAAACUGGCUUGAUGUAGAAUUUGCUGGCGAAGUAUAAACCUGUGGUCUUGACAGUGAUGUUAUAGCUGUUUAUAGCACGUUAUAGCUAAUUCAGCAAUGGACGUAGAUACUUAAGUAAAUUAUAACGGUACAUAUUUGAUAAACGUUUUGUAUGUGGGAAGUUAUGUGUCUGUAAAAAGAGAGAACCCGUCUUUUCACGUAAUCAUCCUCUUAUAAAAUGCGUGUCAAAAUAAUUAACGGUCAUCCAUAGUAUUUUUGAACUAUAUACAUAUUGUUCCUCGAUGUGGUUUAGUAAUGGAAGUUUGAGUAAUGAAAAUCCGGCUUACAGAUUAGAAUACCGUGCUUUUAUUUCAUACUCCGAAGCAAUACCGUUACUCGUGUGAUUUGGUGAUAGUCCUUUGAGUACAUAUUUGAAUUUCUAAAAUUAUUGAAUUUCUUGAAGUAUUCGCCAUACAUUUACAAUGCACUGUUUGUUUGUGUGAGACUUGUAAUUUCUGCUAAGCAUGAGUGCACAUUUAUUUGGCAGCUCUAAUUGAUGGUUCCCGGGAAAGGGGUCAAAUUGUAAUGUAUUUAGUUAUCGUUAUUAUCCCACGGAGCCCCCAGCUAGAGUAUUUUAUAAACAGAGUCUCCUUUGUGUUUUCAUUUAGUUCAGAAGUGUAAUUAAUAUGCAAUGGUGGUUGUAGAGCCUGGUGACUCAUUCUGCAUUCUCAUGGACUUCUUGCAGUGCUUGCUUACACUUCCUCUCAGCAAACAAAAUGGGAUUUCCUUUCAUAAUAAAUAAGACAAAGUAAAACUAAUACCUGUUGUGGACUGAAUCUAGGGGGAAUUAGGAACCUGUUGACAGUAUUAUUAUGCUAUAUUAUACUAUAAAAUCAAUAUUUUUGCAGUGUAAUUAUUUGUUUGUAUAUGUUUCUGAUCAUGUCAGUUUAAUAAUGUGUGGGCAGUGGUGGCUUAAUGGUUAGGGAAGCGCACUUGUAAUUGAAAGGUUGCAGGUUCGAAUUACCAACCAGCAAGGCACCACUGAGGUACCCUGAGCAAGGCACUGCUCCCCGGGUGCUGAAUUAGCUGCCCCCUGCUAUGUCCCGAUGUCACACUUUGUUCCUGUGUGCUGUGGUGUGUCAAUGAUGACCACUGAUCACCAAAUUCUAACAUGCAAAGAAGCCGUAGUAACUGCAUAUGGCUUUAUACUGCCAGAACUGUAAUCCUGUCUCGGAAUAAGCCAAGCAAAGACUUCUUAGAAAACUCAGUAUAAUUUUCUAGGAAUCUAAUAAUUCCUCAGGACGUUUGGUGUGUGUCAUCAAUGCCCAUGCAGCGUGGCAGCAUUACCCAGAAAUUCAGCCACAGUUCUGUUGUUUCCAUAGUUUGCCCCAAUCACAAAUUUGUUUAGACAAAUUGUGUUAUAUGGAGAUAUUGCUUACUUAAUAAACAGAGUUGUGUAUAGUAGAACAAGUGUUACAUUUAAAUUCAGGAAAGGUUUUUGAAGUCUUACUGUAUGUGUAUGUCUGCUGGAGAUGUAACAGUCAUGUAAAAUUCUGAACUUGUAAGCGAGAUUCUGAAUCAGACCUUGUGGGGAAACUGGGAGUGAAAGGACUGGCAACCUCUCUGGCUUGUACAUUUGACUGCUGGUCUGCAGCAUUCCACAACCCUUUCAUUAAAAUGUUUAAGGUUCUGCUUUUACUGCAUGUCUGUGGACUUUGAAGCUGAGGACAUGACUCAGCAUAUUCCCCCAAAGCUAUUUUUUCUCUUACUUCCUGUGGAAUUCUUAGCUGGGAUUAUUGCUGUCCUGCUGAUUUCAGCAUUAUUCACCUGCUGUCAACUCACUAGAAACGCCUCAAAGCAUAUGCUUUAAGGAUAAAGAGUCUCUAUUAGAGUUUUCGAUGUUUUUUUACUCUUCUGUUCUCAUUUUAUAUUUCUUCAAUUUUCUGCCAUUGUCUGGAACUAGGUCACUUGGCAUUACGGUUUAUGUUUUCAAAUAGGAUUUCCCAUAAUUCCACAUAUGCAGAUCAGGUGAAUUUGUGACUUUACAGCGGUAGGCAACCCUGUUCCUGUAGUGCCUGUAUCCAGCGGGUUUUCUAUCCUACCAGAUGAGUUACUUUCUGCUUUAGAUCAGGUGUGGUGUGGCUCAUCAGAGACCAGGUAGGAUGUAAAACCUGACGGUACUUUAUGGUCAGGGAUGCCCAUCCCUGCUCUAAGCAUCUUUAGUGUAUCAUAUGCAUAUGAAUGCUGUGCAUUGACUAGCAUUUGUCUUUGCUGCUAAAUUUCACAAUUCCUUCCCCUCAUUUUACAUUAAUGUUCUACUGUGAUAAUUCCAGUUAAACUUGGCAUAUGAUCCGAAAAAUACUUCACAAACAUUAUUCUCUGCCCAUGUGCAACAUAAUCUCUAUAUAGUCAUUUUCGGUGAGCCUUCGGUUUCAUUAGUACGCUUAUUCGCCCUUGCUUUUGUGUCAGUGUGUACUUGCUUCUCCCUUUACCUCUAAUAUUACCGUUUCAGUCAUGUAUACCCUUUUGGUGUCCUAAAAGGAAAAUAUUAAAAAACUUAUUGAGAUAAAUGUAUGUCUAUUAGAAAGCUGCGAAACGAAGAGACGAUGACCGUGUGCGUUUCGAAGCGCUAUGAUUGCAGCCCUGCGGAGAGGCUCCCUCCCGCGGCCAUAGAGGAGCAUUCCUCUUAUUUGCUUGUUCUCACUAUUUUUAGUAAAUCUGAGUCGUGUCUUCAGGGUCGAAGCUACAUCACUUGAAUUAUUUGACUGCAUUCAAAGCGGAUUACAGCCAUAUGUUUUAGAUGCAUACAAAGUGUAAUAUACAAAUAUGCGGACUAAACACGUCCGGUCAGAGAGGGUUUUACAUGAAUUUGUUGCACUCGUUUGCUAGCCGGUUAGCAAGCGUUUCCUCGUUCGAAAUGGCAAAGCGGGGCUCGCGAUUUGAAGACCACGAAACAAUGACAUUGUUAUUGUGACUCGAACGAGCGCAUGGUUGACAUCGAAUAAAGAGCAAGUUAAGUUUCUGUGACGAGACGAAGCGGAGAUGUCUAUGUGUAAGGAAGGCUAGCUAGCUACAGACUGAGGGAUUCACCGGGGAGGAAUACUGCGCAUUACAUUAAUCGCGGAUUUUCUCGGCCCGCUGCUGACUGCUCACAUUGUGGACCCCCCCCUGUCUGAGUCCGGAAUUGUCGCUGACAUAGACUUGGAGAACAUCCUGUCCCCUGACACUGACGCAUUCUACCAACUGAAGAGCCAGCCGAUCACCAUCAGCCAUUCUGUGACCCAGGCCUCCCCCUCCCCCCCGACGGGCUCUGCCAUGACGUCACGCGUGCUGCUGCGUCAGCAGCUGAUGCGGGAGCAGGCCCAAGACCAGGAGCGGCGUGAGGCCCAACAGCAGGCUUCCACAGCCCAGCUGCGGCCCGCCGACUCAUCCCCCGCCAUCUCAGUCUCGGUACCCUCUUCCACGGCCCGACAGACCCCGGCGCAGGUGCCUGCAGAGGUUCUCAGGGUGCAGAGCCAUCUUGAGAAUCCCACCAAGUACCACAUCCAGCAGGCCCAGCGUCAGCAGGUGAAGCAGUACCUGUCCACCACCCAUGGAAACAAGGUGGCCAAGCAGGCGCUGGCAGCGUCCCCCUCGCCGCAGUCUGGCUCGGCCCCCGAACUGGCCCCGGCCCCAGGCAGCACCCCCAACAGCCCCAUGGCCCUGUUGAACCUGGGCUCCAACAAAGAGGAGAUUGAUGUCAUUGAUGAUAUCAUUAGCAUGGAAUCAAGUUUCAAUGAUGACAUCAUGACCUUGAUCGAUUCCGGCCUACCGCUGCGCAACACGUUGCCUGUGUCCGGUAAUGUGCUGGAUGUGUUCAGCACAACACAAAUGGCAGCUCCUGCUAUUACUGUCAGCAACUCCUGCCCGGCAGAUCUGCCCAACGUCAAGAAGGAGCUGACUGAAGCUGAGGCAAAGGCUAUUAUAAAGGAGAGACAGAAGAAGGACAACCACAACCUGAUUGAGAGGAGGCGGAGAUUUAAUAUAAAUGACCGUAUCAAGGAACUUGGCGGACUCAUUCCCAAGUCAAGCGACCCGGAGAUGCGCUGGAACAAGGGCACCAUCCUGAAGGCCUCGGUGGACUACAUCCGCAAGCUGCAGAAGGAGCAGCAGAAGGCCAAGGAGAUGGAGAUGAGGCAGAAGAGGCUGGAGCACGCUAACCGCAGCCUGCUGCUGCGGGUGCAGGAGCUGGAGAUGCAGGCUCGUCUUCAUGGCCUCACCGCGUCUGCUUCCCCUACCCUGACCUCCGACUUAGACCGGCAUCCGCAGCAGCAGCCACUUGCUGGUCCGGCGCUGGAGUCCAGUUCCAGGGGCGUCCUGUCCCAGAACCUCAUCAGCUUGGGAGGGUCGGUUAUCGGAGGUGGGAUCGCACCGCAGUCGGCCUCCUUUCUGUCUCUGGGCUCUGCCCCCCCAGCAGGCGUGGCCACCAACAGCGCUCUUGAUCUGGAUGCUUUAAACUUUGCUGAGAUGGACGAUCCCUCCGCCACCGCCUUUGACCCCACCAUGAUGCCGGACGCCACUUUCGAAUCGACCCUAAUGUCAGACAUGGGUAUCCUCAUGGAUGAGGGGUGCGCCCUAUCCCCCGUCGGGGCCGCCGACCCUCUCCUUUCCUCCGUGUCCCCAGGAGCCUCUAAGAGCAGCAGCCGCAGGAGCAGCUUCAGCGUGGACGAGGAUUUGUGACGUCGCCGGAGCUCUCCAUGAGCAACCGGCUUGGGAGACGUGCUCCUGGAAAGAGCUGUAGCGGUCUUCUGCCUUUAGGGUCUCUGUCUCUAGGGUUGGUUUGAUUGACGCGCUCUAGGGGUGCCCAGUCUCCUUAGAUCAGCGAGAGGUGACUGCCUGCAGAGCUGCCAAAUUAGAUUCUCUACUGUAAUAUUAACAACGAAGUUCUGAAAACGAUCUUGUUCUGAAAGUAAGUUAUUUCAGCUGAAGGCGUUCGCCACGGAUCAGCGGUGGCAAUAAGGAUGCAAGGUAAAAAUAAGGCAAAAUGCAAGGCAGUAUUGUGGCUUCCCCGCACAUUUAGCGAAGGAACGGGUGAGGAGCCACAUAUUCCAGAGCCCAUUUACAGUAGACUUGGAAAAUUAGCAGAGCUUUAAAUGUGCAUCUGUGUCUCCGUUAUCGGCACCUCGCCUACUGAAAUUGAAGCACUGUCAUACUCAGAGGGAUGAAAGGCUUUAAGCAUUGCUGUUUCUGGUUUGUUUCAGUGAAACAAAGACAUACCCGAGAAGAAAGUAUCCAGAGAGCCAGAGAUAUUUUUAUUUACUUUUAAAUCCUGGCCUUAGUAUGUUUUAAAUGUGAAUUUGUGCAUGAAUCUACAGUAUGUACAACGUCAAAGGACUGUUGCCUGUCUAUUACAAACGUCAUACGUUUUCCAGCUGCGAAUUUUUCAAACUGGCACAGCGCUGUCAUUUGCUAUACUGGUCACUACAUGCCCAUCUGAGUCAGAAGUGAUGGACAAGCAAUCGGGCAUAACCUGAAAACUGUAGUAUUCAGUGUGAAGACAGACGGUUGCCUUCAGUGUCAAGGCAUCCCUAAUAUGCAGCUGAUGAUCAUAAAAUGUAUGUCCUUUCCCCGAGUGAUGGACCCUAACAUAGACCAUGGCCCUUUACUGAGUCCAACAGUGCCGUACUGACUUCUGUAUGUAAGUAUGACCAUAAGUACCAGUGGCGGUAACCAACGGGGUCUGCCAUUAUUAAUGCAAUGUCAUGUGUCAUCUUUACCUAUAUGGAAUGGGUAACCUUACAAGUUUGCCGUGUGGUUUAUCAUACUGCGUUUUUAACUUCGUCCUUUCCUACUAUGUGUCAGGUUUGUAUUGAACAGUUUUAGUGUACAAACCUCACUGUUCGUGUGCUUCACCCUUUUUUGUGAAAUACAUCUUAAUCUUUUUAACGUUUUAUCGUAACAGAUGUGCAUUGGA